AUUGUCUAUGACCUGUGUGAGUAGCAAUCGGCCCAGGAAGAACCGCAAACCGCGAAUGCCCUUCGCCAAGGAAGAAGGAAGCGACUGCCAGACUGCGUCUGCUUACUCUGCCUCACCGUUUCAGCAAUUCAGGCGUUCACUCCGUUCAGCCUUCACUCUUCUUCUCUUCAGGUAAUCGGAACUCGAAAGUUUGAAAAUGACUCCAGUAACGAUGAAUAAUCCCGAAAAAAAUGGUGAUAAUGUUGCAUCAAAAUCUCUAAAUUCAGCUUCAUCAUCAUUCAAAAGACUGGGUAGAAAGUCGCCAUUCACUAGAUAUGGACUUCCUAUGAUCUCCCUCAUGGUGCUGGGAUCUUUUGGUCUUGGCCACCUUUUGCAAGGCAGCAAGGAUAUUGCUAAAGUGAAGGAUGAUCGAGAGUGGGAAAUCAUUGAGACAAAAAAAGCACUUUCUAGAGAAGGGCCUGUGAAUGCAUAUAACCCCAAAAAGAUCAACUUGGAGGAUGAAUUGAAGGCUCUGAAAGAAAAAGUUGAUUUAAACAAUUAUGAAUACAAGAGAAUUCCCAAGCCUGAUAAGAGCAAAUGAAAGGCGCAAUCCAUAGCAUGAAAGCGGCAGCAAUCAAUGUAGGGUAUCUUGUUCUCCUAGAGGCUCUAUUUGGUAGCCUUAUGUUGCUUAUUGAGUAGGAAGAGCGGCUUUUGACUUACUUGGCUGAAAUGCAUGUCACCAAGGAUACUUUUUCUUUCCGAAAGUUCAGCAGAUGCCACCAUUCAACAAAUACCUCUUUAUGCGAGUUGGCAGGAACUACUUACGCUCUUUGUUCGACGGAGAUAAUGAACCUUCAAAAGAGGUGUGUGAUAAAUCGAAUGAUGGCAGAAAAGGGAUUGAGGAAGUCAAGAAUGAGAGAUUUAGAAUACAUUAUAACUAAGUAUUUUUAUUCUUGUAACUAGCUAUACAGUUAAUGUUCUUGUAUUUAGAAUGAUAGUGUAAUUCGAGUUGGUAAUGUCUUCAAUGUAUGUUUUGUGUUAUGAAAAUGAACUUGGAUAUUGUACAACAAAUUUGUGUUAUUAAUCCAUGUUGUAAGUUGACUAAAAAGGAUAUCUGAAUGUUUAUUUUGUUUGCCAUUGAAGUGUCUGUGAAC